CCUCCAGCCAAAAAGCAGAAACACUGGCGACAUAGAAAUAGGGUUGGAAAAAAGGCAGAUAUGUUGAGGAAGACAUACAAUGUCCAUGUUACAAUCAACAGCCCUGAGAAAACUUCAUCAAAAAACCCUUGCGAUUCUGACUCUGAUGACUCCCUAUUCACAUCGAUUUUUGAUGAUUUGCCAUCUUCUGUACAGUGCCCAGCGCCACCCAACCCAUCUUCACCACUGACAUCGACAUCAGCUUCACCAACCCACCCACUUUUUAAUAUGUCAUCACAAUUGCCAGCCCACCCAUCAACAUCAUUGCCAUCACCAUCGCCAGCCCAACCAUCGACAUCAUUGCAAUCGCCAGCCCAACCAUCGACAUCAUUGCAAUCGCCAGCCCAACCAUCGACAUCAUUGCAAUCGCCAGCCCAACCAUCGACAUCAUUGCAAUCACCAGCCCGACCAUCGACAUCAUUGCAAUCACCAGCCCGACCAUGCAUAUCAUUGACAUCACCAACCUGCUCAAAACCAUCCACCACAGAUGAUUCUGAUGAUGAAGAAACAACUGUUUUAGUCACAUCCCCUACAUCUUCAAGCUGGAGAAGCAAGUACUCUGAUUUGAUUACUAAAGAAGAGUUGAAGUGCUUACAAGAAGGGGAAAAACUGAAUGAUCUCAUCAUAGAUGCUUCACUAAACUAUAUCAUGUUUGAAAGAUGUCAAAAUGCUGACUCCAGCAGACUACAUAUAAUGUCCACACUAUUCUACACACGAAUAUCAAAUAGAGUGAAGAAUAUUGCAUUGAAAGGACAUCCAGCAAAACUCAAAAUCAAAACUGAGAGGGAAGUUUGGGAGUCUGCUAAGGGC